AUGGGUAUGACUAUGGGGCACGAAUUGCACCGCCGCCGCCGCAAGUACUUCGAUCCAUUCUUCUCGCGUCUUGGUGUCACGCAGAUUGAGGGGGUGAUAAUGGAUGAAAUCCAGUUACUCACCGAUCGACUCGAAGAAUACCGGAAAUCAGGCCGGACUAUCCAAAUGGAACAUGUUAUGGCUGCGUUCACUGGUGACAUUGUGACAAAGAUUUGCUCGGAGAAGUCCCCUGAUAUGAUCCGGCACCCAGAGUUCGGCAAGGAAUGGUAUAUUACGAUCCACACCUACCAGCACCAGGUGCACCUUUUCAUGCAACUUCCUUAUUUAAUCUCCCUCACGCAACUAAUCCCGCGGGGACUCGUGAUGCGUUUUUCUCCGGGAGCCGCGGCGUUCAAGAGUUUGCAUCAGUACGCCUUCGAUCACAUCACUGUGGCCAAAAAGGACAUGAUUCGUGCCGAAAAGGUGCAACAAGAGGCCGGCCGAAGCUCCGUCUUCCGCCACGUACUCUCCAGUGACAUGCCCGAGUCGGAGCGUGAGACCGAACGGCUUGCCCGCGAGGCUUUGCAGCUGUUCGGCGCGGGCACCGCCACGUUAGUCCGCGCCUUCAGCAUGAUCUUCUAUCAUGUCCUGUCCAAUCCGCAGAUGCGAGAGCGGCUCCGGGGGGAGCUGAAGGAAAUCAUGGCGGAGUAUCCUGCGAAGAGACCCACUUGGCAGGAAUUGGAGAGGUUGCCGUACUUGCACGGGAUCGUCAAAGAGGGUUUGAGACUAAGUUAUGGGGUCAUGCGUCAUCUCGCCCGCGUCUCGCCCGAUCAAGCGCUGCAGUAUAGGGAGUGGACGAUCCCCGCCGGCACCCCCGUGGGCAUGUCCUCGCAUAGCCUCCAUUCCGACCCAGAGACAUUCCCUCAGCCGUCCAGGUUCCUCCCGGAGCGGUGGAUAGAGAACAAACAUCACCUUAAUAUGAAUCGGAACUGGGUUCCCUUCGCUCGGGGUUCGAGGAUGUGUAUUGGCAUGAAUCUUGCCUUGGCUGAAAUGUACUGGGUGCUGGCGGUUCUAUUUCGCCCGGGGGCGCCGGAGCUGGAGCUUUUCGAAACUGUCGAGGCGGAUGUGGUUCCGGUGCGGGACUACGUGGGAGGGGUUCCGGAGUUCGGGACCAAGGGGGUGAGGGUGACAAUUGAGUAG